AUGGCCAACAACAUCAAGCCGAAACACAAAAGCAAGCAUUUCCCAAUCGACCAGUUAGUAUGUGUGGGCAACUACGAGCUGGAAAAGACGAUUGGGACAGGAAAUUUCGCUGUGGUAAAACUGGCCACACAUGUAAUAACGAAGACCAAGGUUGCCAUCAAGAUAAUAGACAAGGCGAGAUUGGACGAGGAUAACCUCAAGAAGACCUUCCGGGAGAUAGCGAUCAUGAAGAAGCUACGUCACCCACACAUUGUUAGGUUAUAUCAGGUUAUGGAGAGCGCGCACACAAUUUACCUAGUCACAGAAUACGCUCCAAACGGAGAGAUAUUCGAUCACCUGGUGUCCAAGGGUCGCAUGCCGGAGCCCGAGGCGGCGCGUGCCUUCGCCCAGAUGGUGGCGGCGGUGGGCUACUGCCACUCGCGCGGCGUGGUCCACCGCGACCUCAAGGCGGAGAACUUGCUGCUCGACCGGGACAUGAAUAUCAAGCUUGCAGACUUCGGGUUCAGCAACGAGUACAGCGCCGGCGCGGCGCUGGCCACGUGGUGCGGCAGCCCGCCCUACGCCGCGCCGGAGCUCUUCGAGGGCCGCCACUACGACGGGCCCCGGGCUGACAUAUGGUCCCUGGGCGUGGUGCUGUACGUGCUGGUGUGCGGCGCGCUGCCCUUCGACGGCAGCACGCUGCACGAGCUGCGCAGCGUGGUGCUCAGCGGGAAGUUCCGGAUUCCCUACUUCAUGUCGCAAGAGUGCGAGCACCUGAUCCGGCACAUGCUGGUGGUGGAGCCGGAGAAGAGGCUGUCGCUGCGGGGCGUGGCGCGCCACCGCUGGCUGGCGGCGCACCAGCCGGGGCCGGGCCCGGGCCAGCCAGACGCGUCGGAGGGAGCCUGCGCGUGCCACGAGCGAGGGGCGGAGGCGGAGGCGGAGGCGGAGGCGGAAGCGCGAGCGGCGGCGGGCGCGGAGGCGGCGGGCGAGGAGGGCUCGCCGCAGAACAGGGUGCUGGCCCACAUGCUGGCGCUGCCCGGCCUCACCAGGGACCUAGUCCUCCAGUCGGUGCAAGAGGAACGCUUCGACCACAUCUCCGCCAUCUACCACCUGCUCAUGGACAAGCUGCAGCAGCGGGCCACCGCCCGUGCUGGUCUCCACCACAGAGACUCGUUGGACUCUAACACAAGCCAGCCUUUAGAUCUCACUAGUUGUAAGAACACAGAGGAGGAGCAGAUGGAGGCCGAGGAGUCGAGCUGGCAGGAGUGGCUGGUGGAGCUGCCGCAAGCGCCGCCCCACUACCUCAUGCAGCGCGACGACGACCUCGAGAAGUUCGGCUCGUGCGGCGCGUGCGUGGCGCCGGGCGAGGGGCAGGCGGGGGCGGGGGGGGGGGGGCGGGGGCGGGGCCGGCGCUGGGGGCGUGGCCGCAGCAGGCCCCGCCCGCCGCCAGGCGCCACACCGUCGGCCCCGGCGACUGCCGGCAUGCGCAGG